UUUAUAAGUGCACUUUAACCGCCUCCUGCCCGCCAUAUAAGGAAAUGACGGGCGCAAGGUGGUUCUCUCGUUCUGGGAGGACGUCAUAUGACGGUCCUCCCAUUCUCACUGUGCAUGCGCGGCUCAGGGAGCCUGCAGCGCGGCGAUCGACGAUGCUCUGUGUCCCUCGGACACAUCGGAUCACCGAUCACGGAAAGAGUCGAAGAUGUCGGCUCGGUCAUGUGAUCAGCGGUGUCCAAUCACAGCUGAUCACAUGUAAACAGGGAAAUACCGGUUAUCGGCAUUCCUCUCCU